AUGGGCCGGGAGGAGGAAGUGUUCGAUGAGGAGGGAGAUGAGAUGAACCUCCUACACAGAGAAUGGCAGAGCUCCAUGGAGAAGAGACUGAAGGAAGGGUAUCUGGAUGGGAUUGAUGCUGGAAAGGAAAAUUCACUGCAGACAGGAUUCAACCUGGGAUACAAGUUGGGAGUAAACACGCUAAUGCCAUGUGGAGAACUUCGAGGGAUUAUUAGUGCUCUGGUCACAUGGUGUCAAGUUCACAGUUUGGAUCCCGCGGUGAAUACACGACUUGGUGAGCUCCUAUCUGCCGUCUGCCAAUCUGAGGACCAGAUUGUCCAGAGCCUGUCUUCUGUUCACCAGGUUGUUCAUCCCUCGGAGUUAUCAAGCUGCAUGGAUGACAUGGGACUCAGCAACCAUACACAUGAGCCCAGCAAUGACACGUGUGCUGCAGGCCGGGGCUGUGGCGGCAAGCAGGAGUGUCUUCCUUCUUCCUUUCAAAACUGUAGGACUAUCCAGGAGCUGAAUGAUGUCAUGAAAACAUGAACUUGGUGGUAUCUUAAAAGACGUUCGCUCUAUAGUUCAACAGAUGAACACGACUUCCGAUCUGCUUUGUUAUUUGCAAACUCUUCAAAUUAAGUAUUCAUUGAUUUGA